AUGGAUCUCUGUGUGACCAUCAAAGGUGUCUCCUUCCUCUUGCAAACAGCUAUAGGCAUUUUGGGGAACACUGUUGUGCUUCUGGCAUACGCCAGCAUAUUUUGCACCGAACCGAAGCUUCUUCCUGUGGACAUGAUCCUGUGCCACCUUGCGUUUGCCAACCUGAUGCUACUGCUGACUCGUUGUGUGCCCCAGACUAUGACAGUGUUCGGGCUGAAGGAUCUUCUGAAUGACCCAGGCUGUAAGGUGGUGAUCUAUGGCUAUCGCAUUGGACGAGCUUUGUCUGUUUGCAUCACCUGCAUGCUCAGUGUGUUUCAGGCAGUGACAAUAGCCCCUGCAGGGCCGAGGUUGUCCAGGCUGAAGCCUGCGCUUCCUUCUCUCGUCCUUCCCAUCUUUGUCGGGCUGUGGCUCCUUAACAUGGGCAUUUGCAUUGCAGCUCCUUUCUUCUCCAUGGCUCCACGUAACGGCACCAUCCCUGCAUUCACCCUCAACCUCGGCUUCUGCCAUGUGGACUUCAGAGACAACCUAUCCUAUGUUAUUAAUGGAGUGGCUGUCUCUGGGAGGGAUUUUGCAUUUGUAGCCCUGAUGGUGGGCUCCAGCAGUUACAUCCUCCUGCUGCUACACCGCCACAGCAAACAGGUGAGAGGCCUCAGUCGCUCUCACGGCAGGGGGGCAGAAACUAGGGCAGCCAAAACUGUGGUGACCUUGGUUGUCCUCUACAUUGUGUUCUUUGGCAUUGAUAAUGUGAUCUGGAUCUACAUGUUGACAGUAUCAAAAGUUUCACCAGUGGUGGCUGAUAUGAGGGUGUUCUUCUCUUCCUGUUAUGCCUCUCUCAGCCCCUACUUUAUCAUUUCAUCCAACAAGAAGGUCAAGAGGAAGAUUGUGUGUGCCGUGGAGCACAACCAACCGUUAGUGGACACUCAGGAGUCCAAUGACAAAUGA